GUGCGUUCAACAAAGCUAAAGUAGCGGCACAGUUCAUUAGAUGCGAAGCAGAGAAACCACCAAAUAUUUGUGACAAGUGGAAUUCGAACUGGGAAAAUACUUAAAAUGCCUAGAAUUGUUGCAUUAGCAAAUCUGUUGUUGUCGCUGAUGCUGUUGGUCUACCUGGACAUAAUGCUGUUGGACGGUGCACGUGCAGCUCCAACCGCAGCCAACGGCACGAAGUCAUCAUCAGCCUUACUAAAUCCCAACGCCGAAAGCACAAGUACUCACAUAGUAAGUAGCGGUGCCGACAGCAGCAACAAAGCAAAAUUGAAUUUGAAAUGGACGUCACGCAGCGCCUGGCAGGCGGCGCCCCCGCUACACACACCAACGCACACAACUCUGCCGGGUGGCGUUUCCUAUGUGAUCAUUCAUCACACUGCCACGCCAGCAAGCGCUUGUCGACGCAAUGCCAACGCCUGUGCAGCCACCGUACGCGCCAUACAGCGCAACCAUCAGCAGCAGCGCGGUUGGGAUGAUGUCGGUUACAAUUUCCUAAUCGGUGGCAGCGACGAACGCGCCGAGAUUUAUGAAGGGCGCGGCUUCGAUGUGGUGGGCGCACAUGCUGUCGGCUAUAAUUCGCGCAGCGUGGGUAUCGCGCUAAUCGGUGACUGGACAGACGACCUACCGCCACUCCCUGUGCUGGAAAAAUUGCAGCAGCUCAUAACUUACGGCACACAAAUGGGCCACAUACAACGCGACUACGUGCUGCUCGGCCAUCGCCAAGUGAAGUCAACAGACUGCCCGGGCAACCGGCUGUACAAUACGCUGAAGGAAUGGCCGCACUACAAGCAACAUGCCGCUUAAGGAUAUACCAUACAAAUGUGGUAGCAAAUAAUGCGCAAGAAGACUGACGAAGACACGGACUAGCAGCGGCGAUAAUAAGCGGAAGUGAAAUUAUUGGCAGAAAACUGCGUAUUGCAGAGGAGGACGCUGAAUUUACAUCUUUUAAUUUAAUUGGUAUUUAUUCUUUUACAACUUAUUUAUUGUGUGGGUAAUGUAAUGCG